AUGGAGUGGCAGCCGGACGAACAGGGACUCCAGCAGGUCCUCCAGCUCCUCAAGGACUCCCAGUCACCCAACACGGCCACACAGAGAGCCGUGCAACAAAAACUUGAACAGCUCAACCAGUUCCCUGACUUCAACAACUAUCUCAUCUUUGUGCUCACAAGACUGAAAACUGAAGAUGAACCCACUCGUUCUCUGAGUGGACUGAUCCUGAAGAACAAUGUGAAGGCCCACUACCAGAACUUCCCCCCGGCCGUGGCUGACUUCAUCAAGCAGGAAUGCCUCAACAACAUAGGCGACCCGUCGCCCCUCAUCCGCGCCACCAUCGGUAUCCUGAUCACCACGCAUAAACUUUAUCCAAAAGGGGAGCUGCAGACGUGGCCAGAGCUGCUUCCCCAGCUGUGUGUAACCUGCUACUCUGAGGACUACAACACCUGCGAGGGCUCGUUUGGCGCCCUGCAGAAGAUCUGCGAGGACUCGUCGGAGCUGUUGGAGAGCGACGCGCUCAACCGCCCGCUCAACAUCAUGAUCCCCAAGUUCCUGCAGUUCUUCAAGCACUGCAGCCCUAAGAUCAGAUCUCAUGCCAUCGCCUGUGUGAACCAGUUCAUCAUCGGCAGAGCCCAGGCCCUGAUGGACAACAUCGACACCUUCAUCGAGAGCCUGUUUGCGCUGGCUACAGACGAGGACUGUGAGGUGAGGAAGAACGUGUGCCCUCUGGUCAUGCUGCUGGAGGUCCGUAUCGACCGGCUCAUCCCUCACAUGCACAGCAUCAUACAGUACAUGCUGCAGCGCACACAGGACCCGGAUGAGAACGUUUCUCUGGAGGCCUGUGAGUUCUGGCUCACCCUGGCUGAGCAGCCCAUCUGCAAGGAGGUGCUCUCUGGACACCUGUGCAGUGAGCUCAUUCCUAUCCUGGUGAACGGCAUGAAGUACUCUGAGAUAGACAUUAUCCUGCUGAAGGGUGAUGUGGAGGAGGACGAGGCCGUGCCGGACAGUGAGCAGGACAUCAAGCCCCGCUUCCACAAGUCUCGCACCGUCACCCUGCAGCACGAGGGAGGAGAGGGCGAGGAGGGGGAGGACAUCGAYGAAGACGACGACGAUGAUGACGAUACAUUAUCUGACUGGAACCUACGCAAGUGUUCGGCGGCGGCGCUGGAUGUGCUGGCCAAUGUGUUCCGRGACGAGCUGCUGCCUCACCUGCUGCCCCUGCUCAAGGGCCUUCUCUUCUCCCCUGACUGGGUCAUCAAGGAGUCUGGCAUCCUGGUGCUGGGGGCCAUCGCUGAGGGUAAGGACUAGGAAAUCUCAAUCACACUGUUGACACUUCACAUAGAUCUCCUUCUCUUGCGCAGUCUCCAUCUGUGUGUCUCCCCCUCCACACUUUGGACUCUUUCUCUCUUGACUCCAUCUCUAUCGGAUCUCUCUCUCUGUCUGCUACUCUCUGCUCUGUUGCGACGUGUCCAUUCUCGUACUCUGACCCUUUGGCCUUUGUCCCUCAGUGCAUUUGCCACCCUGGAGGAGGAGGCGUGUACAGAGCUGGUGCCCUACCUCAGCUUCAUCCUGGACACGCUGGUUUUCGCCUUCGGCAAGUACCAYCACAAGAACCUGCUCAUCCUCUACGACGCCAUCGGAACGCUCGCKGACUCCGUAGGACAUCACCUCAACCAGCCUGAGUACAUCCAGAAGCUGAUGCCUCCCCUUAUUGCCAAAUGGAAUGAGCUGAAGGACGAGGACAAGGAUCUCUUUCCACUUCUGGAGUGUCUGUCGUCGGUGGCCACGGCCCUGCAAAGUGGCUUCCUGCCCUACUGUGAGCCUGUCUACCAGCGCUGUGUAACCCUGGUACAGAAGACCCUCGCUCAGGCCAUGAUGUACAACCAGCACCCUGACCAGUACGAAGCCCCUGACAAGGACUUCAUGAUUGUGGCCCUGGACCUGCUGAGUGGCCUGGCCGAGGGCUUGGGGGGCAGYGUGGACCAGCUGGUGGCCCGCAGCAACAUCAUGACCCUGCUCUUCCAGUGCAUGCAGGACCCUAUGCCAGAGGUGAGACAGAGCUCCUUUGCCCUGCUGGGUGACCUGACCAAGGCCUGCUUCCCUCAUGUCAAACCCUGCAUUGCUGAGUUCAUGCCGAUCCUGGGCCUGAACCUGAACCCAGAGUUCAUCUCUGUGUGUAACAACGCUACCUGGGCCAUUGGCGAGAUCGCCAUGCAGAUGGGAUCAGACAUGCAACCCUAUGUUGGGCUGGUCCUCAACAACCUGGUGGAGAUCAUCAACAGACCUAACACACCCAAGACCCUCCUGGAGAAUACAGCCAUUACGAUCGGCAGGCUGGGCUACGUGUGUCCACAGGAGGUGUCUCCCAUGCUGCAACAGUUUAUCAGACCCUGGUGCACAUCGUUGAGGAACAUCAGGGACAAUGAGGAGAAAGACUCUGCGUUCCGUGGAAUCUGCAUGAUGAUUGGAGUCAACCCCGCUGGAGUGGUUCAGGACUUCAUCUUCUUCUGUGAUGCUGUGGCCUCCUGGGUUAGUCCUAAGGACGAUCUGAGAGACAUGUUCUACAAGAUCCUCCAUGGCUUCAAGGACCAGGUGGGCGAGGAGAACUGGCAGCAGUUCUCAGAACAAUUCCCCCCUCUACUGAAGGAGAGGCUGUCGGCCUGCUAUGGCGUGUAGUUCCCCUCGCCGACACAGGACACGCCUGUCAGGUUUAAUCUACGGGAGGGUUACUGGGGGAACUCAUCCAUCUGUGUUACUGCACUGCCCUGAUCGUGGGUGCAGGAGGAGAGGGACUGGCCCUGGCUCCUGUCCAUUCAGACUACAAGUCCCACGACCCUGUGUGUCUCUGUGAGGGUGGGUGGGAGGGAGGGUUACUGGGAGGGAAACUGGGGAGAAAGCCUCUGGAUUUCAAACGCCAAACUUAAAUCCGACGACAUACUCCGAUGUAACCAAAGCCACAGGGUUCUGUAAGAGGGAGGGAGGGUAGGAUAAGCAUAUGCAGGGGUCGGCUGCGAACGGCCCUAAAUCCAUUCGAUAACUCUUUAGAUACCAAGGUUAGAGGAGAGCUGUGUUGGGAGGGCGGGCGGGGUGGCAGCAACCCCGGAAUAAGUCAAUUAAGGAGAAAUCUAAAAACCAGCCCAGGAGCCACAUUUUAAAAACACAACUCACAUAAUAUGUAGACUGGCACACUUAGACUUAGUUSAGGAAGGGAAGGUAGUUGCCCUGGCCCGAACAACCAAUCGGUGCACAAGCACUUUGCAUACAUUCUACAAUAGUCAUUUGAUAAUCUAUACAAAGGCUGUGGGCGGGAUACCGAAGUAGCGCUAAUGUUUUAUAAUAGCUUCCCGAAGGCUAGCCUCAGAGGGGAAAGCAUGAAAUGCUUUUCAACGUAAUAACGGGGAGAGUUCUAGAAGAGUAAUUUGCACCUUUACUACUCAAGCGUUCAUAGACAGUACAGUACCAUACCUGUUCAUAUUGGGACUUCUCUAUUAAACACGGGUAUAUUUAGACAGUUUUUCUUCCUUUUCCCAUGUUUGCUGAAUUCAUUUUACGUUUUGAAUUUUUUUUUCUUUUUUUUCUCUAAGAUAAAUACUAAUUUAAAUGUAUUCUUUUUUUUUCUUUCYUAGUUUUUACUACAACAGACACAGACAAUCCUUCCAGGAAUCAUUUUACUGUAGUGCUGACAAAGGUCAUUUUUCCAAUAAGGGAUUGAUUGGUUUGCAUGGCAAUGAUAACCUCUUAAGUGACGUGUGUGCGUAUCUCAUUGUUACAAGUAGAUUUUUACAUUUAGAAACAAUGGUAGUCAGCUUAUCAUUCUAAGGUAACAACACCAGGUUAUUUAGCCACCCCCAUCGUACUUAUUCUAUGACCAGUCCUCCCCGUCGCCAGACAUAACAAACAGGACGGGUGGGUUUCUAUAGUGUCGAGAUCCAGCGAUGCCAUAGUUCAGAGACGCAAGAUUCAAUCGAUCUUAUAGAAGAUGGAAGAAUCACAUCCCUGCAACCAGUUAUACUGCAGUAAAAAUCAUAAUCCGUUUUGCUGCUACUUUUGUUUUUAUAGUAUUUACGAUGGACUAGAGCAUUAAGGCUUCAGGAAGAACUUUAGAAUAAAUCAGUUGCUGUUUCUAAUUGAUAUUAUGCACUUUUUUUUUUACGGCUGUUAUGGCUUGCUGAAGUAAGACACGAUAUAAAUAAGAUUUUGUAUAAGCAAUGGUCAAAAUGAGAAUUUUAGGUUAAGGCUAACACUGCCGUUCAUAUGCUUGGUUUAAAAGUAAGGCAUGCAAUCAGAUGGAUGAAAUAGAUUUAAAGGGUAAGGAGAGGACCAUAGAUUUAAAGGGUCAAUCAGCAUUUUGAACAAUACCAAACGGCUAAUCCCCCACUGAUUUGGUAAACAGCUGAGGGAUGAAGCUGGAGAAAUGCAACGACUCUCAACCUCAUGGACACAGGGACUGACUGUCCAUGAUAUCAAGAUUAUCGUUUUAACCAUGUUUUGAGGCUAUACAGUGUUUGUAUACAUUUUUAUUAACAAACAGGACUAAACAAGCUUAUUUUGGGUUCUGAUGGUGUUUUGACAGUUGASCUAAACGCAUUAGGCAUAUGUUAUAUUCAAGAAUCAAUGGGUAUGAUUUAAUUUGAAAGCCCUUUUAAAGGGGAAGGACUGACAGACAUCAAGUAUUUUGGAUCAAAUGUACUUCCCACCAGUGUUUCCAGACAGUCCAACAGAAAAUUUACCAGCCUUUUCUAUGUGAGCAGAAUGAUGAGUAUGUAAGGGAGAAUGCAAUGAGUCCACGAAGAUGGAUAAAGACCUUGACUAGUCAGUCGGCUAUCAUAAUAAUACAUAAUACAUAUCUCAUCCAUGGUCCCGAACAACCUUGAGUUGCAUGCUUUUCCAUAAUCGCUUUAUUUGACUAUCAUCUCAUUAAAGGCGGAUACAUGCKCUUCUAGGGGGGCGUCUUUAAGAGUUUCAUCAAUUGCAACACACCCACGCAUGCUGUGAUAAUAAAAGUGGGCGGCUAUCUUUAGUAGAAGUAUGAGAAGUCCAGGAUAAACUGGUUCUAGUCCAGUUGGUGGUGGCUGUUGCCAUUUGCUCUUUUCCUCAACCCGUUGAUACUGUGUAGGAUAUGUCUGGGUAUUAUACUGAUCCUAAUUCUCUUUCUGUUUCCCCUGAGAUUGGAUACAGUAACAUUCGUGAGGGAGGGAUUGUCUUGUAUUUUGUCAAUGUCUGGAGGUCUGUCACGUCGGACUAUUUCGCUGAGUGUGUCUGUAUUUUACUGUAAGCGUGUGUGCCGUUUAGACUUAACUUUGCACUGGCCCUCCCGCAAGGUGAUGGACAUGUAGCUCACACCUGAGAUAUUGGAGACCACCUGUGUAUCAUCAACACUUGUCAUAUUUUACCAUCUCAGUUUGUGAUUGCCAGUCGUACAUCAAUUCUCUUUCAAAGCUUAGCUGAGAUUUAGCGAGUCAAUGAAACUAUGAUAAUCUUUAUCUUACGCCGCACAAUGAAAAUAGAUAUUCAAAAUGUGAAGAAAACACUGCCUUAAGCGUCAGGCGUACCUGUGAAAAUGCAAUUUCAAGUAAGCUGUAUACAGAUGUGRAUUUAUCCGUAUAAUGUGGAUUUUAACACCAACCCACUUGUACAUAAGUGGUUAAUUGGACAGUAUUUUGAAUCUUUACACACUUUUGUAAACCGCUUCCACCCUCAGAGGGUGACACUUUAAUCAUAUCCUAAAGGGGUAAACUGAUAUGCAAGUGUUGGUGUAUGGGUGUCCGGUCCGCCAUGGUUGAGAGUAGGAUAGGUGUGCACAGAGAUACUGGCUAAUUGCCACAGUCUUUGCACAAUGCUCCCAAUGUGAUACUGGUCCUAUCAGGAAAAAUUGGGUAAAAAUGUUGAGUUGUGUUAAAUCUCCUCUUAAAUCGUAGUAGCGAAACAUUGAUCUCAAAACCAUCUAUUAUUCUCAAGUUUAACAGUUUUCCACAAGUUGAGGCAUUUUACUUUUUUUCCAAGGCUAAUGAUGUUCAUUUUGUUUUUUUAUUUAUGUUCAUUUUUAUUUUAAAUGAAUUUUAUUUUAAAUGAAUUUUUUGUGCAGAAGAAGCGCACAAAGUUUUUUUUUAGACUUUAAAAGUUUUUUUCCCCUCUAAUGUUCUUUUUAUUUAAAGAAUUUUUUUGUUUUCGUUGUUUUAUAGCGGACCAUUUGAUUUUGUCAAAUUUUAUGUAAAGUGGUAGUACUGAGAGGGGAGACAGAGCGUGGUGCAUACCUGGGGAAAGAAGGGAAGAAUUGUGAAAAACUCCUGUAUUUUUGUUUCAAUCUAGAUAUCAGCCUUGAAUGAAUUUGAUGUAGUACUGGUAUUUCUUUCCUCAACUGUGGUGCAGGUGGGAUGUUAACUGAUGUAUCACUUUCUAGUUUACUUUUGUGAAUGGGGAAAUAAAAGGUUUUCUAUCAAGCUGGGAA